AUGUUGGGAUGUUGGGAUUUAGUUGUUCAUAGGCCCAACGACCACUUCGCGUCUUUCACGCCAGCGGCGCUAGACGAUGCCAUUGUGCAGGAGCAACAGCAGCGCCCUCCGACAGCAGCACCUGAUCAGGCUGUGUCUGCCGCUGUGGACACAGCUACCAGCAGCGGCCCAGCCCCAGCCCCAGCCCCGGGCCGGGCGCAACAUGUCGAGGCAGAGCAUGAGCAUUCCCUCCCGAAAUGCAGCCCAAUCUUAGAACCAUUGCCUCUCGGCUCCCGGCUGCUGCGUUUGCGCCAGAAGUCACUGCCGUUGUCGGAUAUUCGGGCUUUUGCAGCCCCGGGGGAGGAGGGCGGCGGCCCCGAGGAUCGGCGGAGCUACAUCUUGGACCUGGCGCCCAAGUUAGUCUACCAGGCCGAGCCCCUGGUGGACCUGCUGGUACGCUGCCGCUGCCACCACUACCUGGAGUUCAAGGCGGUGGAGGGCAGCUACCUCCUGCAGGACGGGGCGCUACAGCCGGUGCCCGCCAGCCGAGCCGACAUCUUCCGCGACCGCCGCCUGUGUCUGGGUGAGAAGCGCGCCCUGAUGCGCUUCAUCCAGGGCUGCUUGGAGGCACGCAGCGGACAGGGACAUCUUCAGGAGGCGCUCUCUAGCUGUCGACCACUGGCCGACAUUCUGACGGCGGAGGCCCUCUCGCAACGGCUGCGGGACGUCAUUAUGUACGGCAUCGCCAUGUGCGACACUGACCAAGAACCGCCGCCGGCGGCGACGGCCGCUACUGCCGCUACUGCCGUCAGCGGCGGCGGCGGCACUGGUAUCCUGACUGGCGCCGGCGCGGCGGCCUCCCUGGAGUUGUUCAUUAGUAGUCAGAGCCGCUUCGGACAUGAAGGAGCGUUUAUGGUGCCCUGUUACGGCAGCGGGUCGGUGGCGGAGGCGUUCGUACGGCUAUGUGCCGUGCACGGCGCCGUCACGGUCCUGCGGCAGCCAGUGCAGGCGCUUGUCGUUGCGGAAGCGCCGCCGCUGUCGUCGUCGGCGGAGGCGGCGGCGGAGGCUUCGGGAUCCGAUCCGGAUCCGAGGUCAAGCGCAGCGGCGGCGUCGGUGGCGGCGACGUUACCGCAAAGCGGAAGCCAUCUGGGCCACGGCGCAGCUGAAGGGUGUUUGGAAGAUGACGGAGCUGGCCAAGCCGCUACCGCCGCCGCUGGCGUGUGUGUGGGCGUCGUGACGGCUACGGGUCAGUUGGUGCGCUGCGGGGCAGUGGUGGCGGCGAGCAGUACAUUGAGCUGCGUGGAGGGUAUUGCUGCCGUACCCGCCGCAGCACCGCCUCAUGAGUACGUCUCCCGUGCCGUGGUGGUGCUGGAUGGCUCAGUGCUGAUGCCUGUGACCCAUGGGUCAGGCGCCACCUCCACCUCCACCGCCGGCGGCGGCGGCGGCUCCACUGCCGCCGCCGCGCCCAAGUCGCUGCUAACCUUGGUGGUGCCGCCACGCUGCCCGGGCCUGCAGGCCGGCGCCGCCGCCGUCCCCGCCGUCGCCGCAACUGCUGCUACUGCUGCUGCUGCGUCCUCGGACUCCUCCAGGGAAGCUCCCGACACUGGCGGUAGCAGUAGCAGUGGUAGCAGUAGCGGUGACGGCCUUGGCAAUCCUCAUCCAGUGCGGGUGAUCCAGGAAGGGGCGUCCACGUUUCUAUUGUACCUCAGUACGCCUGCCACGUCAGACUCGCCGUACGACGAUCUGUGGCCCACCCUGAGCUGUCUGGCCGACACGUCGGCGUUCCCUGGAGCCCGAUGGCUGGGGGAGCUGGACUUCAACGGAGGGCAUGGCAGUGCAGGAGGAGGAGGAGGAGGCGAGGCCGACGGUGGACCGCAGGGCGAUGAAGCUGGUGCUGGUGGUGGCGGCGGCGGCGGCGGCGGGCAGGUCCCGGAUGGUGUUAGUGCCGCCAUGGAGGAGGAGGAGGACGACCUCGCGAUUGACGAGCUGACGGCGGCGAUAGCAAGACUGAAGGCAGGCGGCUGGCAGAGGUUAAGGCCUGACUUCUGCUCCCAGUUGACCCAGUCGACCCGGGUUCAAAUCCGCCUGCCGACUCCUCGGGUGUUUGAGGAGUGAUGAAAUGGGAGGUGGCCCCCCAUCUUAUGGACGGUGUAGGACGUGAUAAUAUCAACUUGCGAGCUGACCAGGAACUAAGUUGAGGCGCCGUUGAUCCGCUAGAUUUGGUUGGAUGCUGGUGGUGAGUUGCCGAACCCAACGAAUACAUUCUGAAGUCGGAUGGGGUGACGGAUUAGGGUGCCCCUCUAGCAGGGGAGAGCAGGGACUGCCCCGGGAAAGGGGGCCGCUGGCGAAGUUAACCACCCUGUAACAACAUACAUGCAUGC